AUGGUUUUCUCAGCCCGCGCGGCAGAGCGGGGAGAGUUUGAGUUUGACGUGUGUAAGCUGAAGCUUGGCUCAGGUGGCAGUGGGACUGUCUUUCUUGCGCAGCACCACAUUACCCGCGAGCUUGUGGCGGUGAAACGUUUGUACCCAAGGCAUGCAACGGAAUGCGGAGGAGCCCUCUUGUGUUCUGCAUCGCAGAACGACCCCCAUCAUCAUCAUCAUCAUCAUCAUCCGCGUCGGACUCCAGCUGCCUAUCGCUUGACAACGCCCGUAACAGCAAGGACGGCGACACCGGCGUUUAAGGGAGAUGGUGGCAGCGGUGGUGAGGAGGCGUAUGACGUCAGCCUUCUGCGGGACGUCGACUACCACCGUAGUGGUGGUAGCAGCAGCGCCAGCAGCUACACCAGCCGCAGCAACGAGGAUGACAUGCACGACGACAUUGACCUCACGUUGGAGGAACAAGAAGAUGAGGAAACGAAGGAGGCAGAGGAGGAACACCCCAUAUGUGAUGAUGAUGAUGAUGAAGAGAGGGAAACUAGUUCUUUUAGACUGGGACGCGUUCCCUCUGCAGCCCGUCUGCCCUGUGAGAGUAUGAUUCUGCAGUACCUUGGGCCACAUCAUCACAUUGUAAAGUUCCUCGGUAGUUACACCACCUCAAAGCGGGUCACCUUCUUCGCAAUGGAGCUCAUGGACAGCGAUGUUGGGAGAGAACUGCGGGCGGCCAACACCGCUUUUAUGAAUGAAGAUAUUGCGCGUCCACUGCUGCAUAGUGUAGUCUCUGCAAUUGCCCAUCUUCACAAACGCGGUAUCGCCCACCGUGACGUUAAGCCCAGCAACAUCCUCCUUCGUCGGAUUGAUGCGGCAAAGUUAGUUGCAAGUGCCGCUGCACAGACUACCACCAGCAUCACCACGCCAAGAGCAGAGUCUUACAAAAGGUACACGGAACGCCAAUCUCAAAAUUUGUGCCUCUACGAGACGGAACAUGUGAAGGCUGCCCUCGGAGACUUUGGAGCCGCGCACUUUAUGCACGAAGGCAGCAAUGUCUGGGGUGGACGUGGGACCUUGUACUACAAAUCCCCAGAGCAGCUCAUGGGUCGUGCUGAGGACUACUUUGCUUGUGACAUGUGGGCUUUGGGUUGCACGUUGUUUGAGCUGAGUACUGGGUCGGUUGCCUUCUGCGGAUCCUCGGAUCUUCAGGUGCUCCAUCAAAUUUACGCCAAGCUUGGUACAAACUUCUAUUCUUACCCGGACGUAACACGUGCAGCGACGUUGUUUGACAGUUUGUCUGCACCGUCUGCAGCACUGCUCGAUCUUUUGAACGGACUUCUUGCACUGGAUCCACAGAAACGCCUGACUGCAGGCGAGACAAUGAAGCAUGCCUUUUUUGAUCCUAUUCGACAAAAGUACGGGGUCGACAGCGACAACACGGAGGUGACGUUUCCACUGCGACCACGCUGCCGCCGGCCUGUGGAUGCGGCUCGGUACACCUUCCGCUCCGUUUGCAAUACACCCGCUAAGCGGUCUAGAGCGGCAGUAGGGGGUGGCUCCUCACAUGUCAGACGUGAUGCAAAUCGCUCAGAUGUCAAUCUUUCCUGUUCUGUGCGACGAUGCAGUGUGUGGUCCUCUUCGUUUAGCGCCGGUUCAAGUCCCAGAGGUGCUUCCACAUGUAUGAAGUCGCAUCAUGAGAGUGUGGACGUCUCGCGGCGGCGUGGUGGUGAAUCAGGUGCCUGCAGCAUUGGCAGGCUUCUAUCUCUCUCUGUGUGUACCCCUAGAGUCGGUGGUGUGAAUACGCAGGGUAAGGACGAUAACCCAAGAACGGUAUACCCAUUCAUCUCCCCUGUGGCGCUGUGUUUUAGUCCAGCAACCUCUGUUAAGUGCCCUGGAUGUUCACUGAGCAUGACCAACACCACAGCUGCAGCUGCAGUGGCGACAGCGGUUGCCUCACAGGGUAACAAACUGCGAUGGACUCCCUCAUCUAACGCUACGCUGGGAAACACACGGACCAAUUUAUUAUUUGAAAGGGCCCCUGUGGGGGAAGGUGCGUGCGCUGGUAUGGGUGGCGGCGGUCACACAGGACCACGUGUGUUAUUCGAUGACGACUCCCACUCCUGCCAUCACGACGCGGACUCGCCGCUUGUGCGCAAGACGCUCUUUGGGACACCCCAGCGACCCCUCAUCUACCCUCUGAACGACAGUGCUGACAACGCUGAGACCAGCGUCAUACCUCUCGAUGAACCGUAG